AUGUUACUGUUAAUUCUUGUUACAGAACAGCCAAGUGAUAAGACCAUGUUCCCAUUCAUUCUUGUUACAGAACAGUCAAGUGAUGAGACCAUGUUCCCAUUAAUUUCUGUUACAGAACAGUCAAGUGAUGAGGCCAUGUUCCCAUUAAUUCUUGUCACAGAACAGUCCAGUAAUGAGAAUAUUUUCCCAUUAAUUCUUGUUACAGAACAGUCAAGUGAUGAGACCAUGUUCCCAUUAAUUACUGUUACAGAACAGUCAAGUGAUAAGACCAUGUUCCCAUUAAUUCUUGUUACAGAACAGCCAAGUGAUGAGACCAUGUUCCCAUUAAUUUCUGUUACAGAACAGUCAAGUGAUGAGACCACAUUCCCAUUAAUUCUUGUUACAGAACAGUCAAGUGAUGAGACCAUGUUCCCAUUAAUUUCUGUUACAGAACAGUCAAGUGAUGAGACCACGUUCCAAUUAAUUCUUGUUACAGAACAGUCAAGUGAUGAGGCCAUUUUCCCAUUAAUUCUUGUUACAGAACAGUCAAGUGAUGAGACUACGUUCCCAUUAAUUCUUGUUACAGAACAGUCAAGUGAUGAGACCAUGUUCCCAUUAAUUCUUGUUACAGAACAGUCAAGUGAUGAGACCACGUUCCCAUUAAUUCUUGUUACAGAACAGUCAAGUGAUGAGACCGUGUUCCCAUUAAUUCUUGUAACAGAACAGACUAGUGAUGAGACCCAUGUUCUCAGACACCACAAGAAAUGCACCAACUCAAUACAGGACUAUAUUUCAAAAAUCAUUAUUUAA